ACAAAUGAAUACCGGUGGUAUUUGUUUACGUGUUGAGUUGUCACAUUUUCUAUAAAAUUUUAUAAUAUAUUUAAAUUAGAGUAAUGGUUAAUUAUAAUAAGUGAUUGCUUAUCAAUAUUAUUUUACGAGUGAAACAAUUUUCCUAUAUAAUUUCUUUUAUUAAUGAAAAAACAUUAUUUAAAUCGGUAAAAUGUUGAGUUUUAUCUUCGGAAGAAAAUCUAGGACUUUAAGGUUGAUUCUAUUCGUUGUUAUAAUAUUUAUUCUAUUUUAUUUAUUAAUGACCUAUCAAAAAGAAGAUGCUUUUAACGCCUAUCUACCCCGAGCAGAUAGGUUAAUACAUAAACAAACUCCGAAAUUAGUCCAAGGCCUAGGUAAUUUCGAACCAAAAGAAAUCGAAGAUAAAGAAGGACCUGGCGAAAAAGGACAACCGCACCAUUUGAGACAAAACCAACAAAACGAUGCAGACCAGUCGGAAUCAGAAUAUGGAAUGAACGUUGCUUGUUCUGAUGAAAUAUCAUUGGACAGGACUGUUUUAGAUACUCGCUUGGAGGAAUGUAGACAUUGGGAUUAUCCCGAAAAAUUACCCACAACUAGUGUAAUUAUAGUUUUUCAUAACGAGGGAUGGUCGGUGUUAUUGAGAACAGUACAUUCGGUUUUGAAUAGAUCGCCGCCGCAUAUUUUGAAGGAAAUUUUAUUAGUAGAUGAUUUUAGUGAUAAAGAAAAUUUAAAAUCGAAAUUGGAGGAUUAUAUCGAACGAUUUGAUGGUAAAGUUCGACUCAUUAGGAAUGCUCAAAGAGAAGGCUUGAUAAGAACUAGAUCGAGAGGUGCUCAAGAAGCUAGAGGAGAAGUAAUUGUUUUUCUCGAUGCUCAUUGUGAAGUGAACACCAAUUGGUUACCACCAUUACUCGCUCCAAUUUAUAGAGAUAGUAAAACGAUGACAGUUCCGGUUAUAGAUGGUAUCGAUCAUAGAACUUUCGAAUAUCGUCCCGUAUACGGAGACGAUCGACAUUUUAGGGGUAUAUUCGAAUGGGGGAUGUUGUAUAAAGAAAACGAAGUACCGAAUAGGGAGUUAAAGAAAAGGAAACAUCAUAGCGAACCUUAUAAGAGUCCUACUCACGCCGGGGGUUUAUUUGCUAUUAAUAGGGCCUAUUUUUUGGAACUUGGAGCUUACGAUCCAGGUUUGCUGGUGUGGGGUGGUGAAAAUUUCGAAUUGAGUUUUAAAAUUUGGCAAUGUGGAGGUAGCAUUGAAUGGGUGCCGUGUUCGAGAGUCGGACAUGUUUAUCGAAGUUUCAUGCCUUAUAAUUUCGGAAAAUUGGCUCAAAAGAAAAAAGGUCCUCUUAUUACUAUUAACUACAAGAGGGUCAUCGAAACUUGGUUCGAUGCUGAGUAUAAAGAAUAUUUUUACACUAGGGAACCAAUGGCGAGAUAUUUGGACAUGGGAGAUAUCACCGAACAAUUGGCGCUCAAAGAACGAUUACAAUGUAAAAAUUUUCAAUGGUAUAUGGAGAACGUGGCUUAUGACGUAUUCGAUAAAUUCCCCAAACUACCUCCGAAUAUACAUUACGGCGAAUUAAGAUCGGUUGUGGAUCCUAAAUGCAUGGACACUCUCGGUAAGGCGCCUCCAUCUCUGAUGGCCCUUCAACCAUGUCACGGUUACGGUAACAACCAAUUGAUCAGAUUAAACGCGAAGGGCCAAUUGGGUGUCGGCGAAAGGUGCAUCGAAGCCGACGGCCAAGGUGUCAAAUUGACAUUCUGUCGAUUGGGUACCGUAGACGGUCCUUGGAUAUACGACGAAAAAACCCACACCCUCCUCCAUAGGGUGCAUAAAAAAUGUAUGGCGCUACAUCCGAAGACUUCUCAGAUAAGUUUGAUGCCCUGCGAUGUUAACAACGCCUACCAACAGUGGUUAUUUCAACGAAUCAAACCGAAAUGGAUCGAAUAGAUCCAUCCUGGUUAUUUGUUUUGUUUCUGUCCCAUUCCGAUCCAUUUUUUUAUAUGGUCUACGACCCUCGUCCUUUUUGUCCUUACUAAAAUUCUACUUCCCUCUUUUUUUAUCUGUAUCUAAUUACAGACAUUUUUUAUCUUUGUUUUUAGCGGAUGAAUUCAAUUUUUGUUUGGUUGGAAUUAUGUAUUACGGGGAGCUAGUAGUUCGUUUUACAGUUAAAAAUGAUUUUCGGUUAGGGUUUUAUGAGGUUUUAUUAAUUUUUGUAUGAAAUUUUUUAAUUGCGUCUUCCAAGUGUUUCAUAGAGAAAAUCUGUAUUGAAAAAAAAUAGUUAUUUCGAUUUGAAUGAAAUAUUUCAUGUCUACACUGAAAAAUAUGUGUUGAUACAAUUUUUACUUUAAUUAUUUUCGAAAGUUUGUAAUUUGGACUGAAUUUAUUUAUCCUUCUGUGUUUUUAUCAACUUUUUCGGUUGGUUCGAGAUGUAUUAACCUUGGUUUGUCAUGUUUUCCAUUCCAAAAAGUUUUUUUUCCAAAAUAAUUUCAACAUAUAUUGAAUUUUUUACAAAAAAAUAAAUUUUCAUAUUCAAAAAUGAUACAAAUUUGUAGUUUAUGCAUUUUUCUAGCGUAAAUUGUGUCUAAAAUUUGUUUUUCCAAAUAUUUCUUUUCUACACUGAAAAAAUACGAUAACUCAAGUUGUAAUCUGAAUAUUUUAAAAACUCGGGAGUUAAAUUGGAAUCAUUAUUGUCUUUCCUCCUUUUUUUCCUUCAAGAAAGUAUUUUUUUCAAAAUUUCUUUCGAAUUAUAUGAAGUUUUAUUCGGUUCUACUUCUACACUGAAAAAAAGGUACGAAUUCAAUUAAUUCUUUUAUUAUUGUUCUAAUUUUGUUGCAAAACUGAAACUUUCUAUCGUCUAAAUUCCUUUUCAACUUUUUCGGUUGAUUGGAGACGUACCAGUCUCAUUUUGUCGUAUUUUUACAAAAAAGUUUUUUUUUCAAAGAAUUUUUAAAAAUUAUAAAAAUUCCCUGCCAAACCUUGUUUUUAAUGCGUCUUCUUAAUGUUUUAUAUGUAAAUUAUGUAUACAAAAAUAUUUACUUCAAUUUUUUCUAAAUAAUUAACUUCUACACUGAAAAAAAUGAAUUUAUUCAACUUAUCCUCCAUUCUUUUUUUCUCACUUGACUCAAUCUUUGUUAGAUUCAUAUUUUCCUUUCCAAAAAAGUAUUUUUCCAAGAUAUUUUAUCAAAAUUUUCGAUUUUUUAUUUCAUUUCAAUCCUACAUUAAAAAAAUGUUUUCUUUCAGCUUGUCUUUCAAUAUUGAAAUUCGUUCUAAUUUCACGCCUUUUUAAAUUUCUUGUCUAUCCCUAGACUUUCUCUCAAUAGUCUCAAUUUUGGUUUUUUUUCUUUUUACUUCCAAAAAAGUAUUUUUCCAAAAUAUCUUAUCAAAAUUUUGGAGUUUUCAUUUUAUUUCAUUUCUACACUGAAAAAAUGCAUUAAUUCAACUUUCAGUAUAAAGUUCCUUGAUUAAAUUGAUCAGUAGUCGUACAUUUACAUUGAAAAGCUCAUAUCAGUUUCCACUUUUCCUCUAUCCUCCAUUUUCUUGUUAUUAAUUCCAAAAAAAAUCAAUAAAAAUGUAAAUAAAGCAGGGUACUUGAAUCAAUCUUUAAAAUUAUAAAUCGAAUUAGUUUAUGACAUAAUCAAAUAAAUACUUUAUAACGAUUUUUUUUUUAUUAUAAAAACUGUAUUUACUAUUUUUUUACCGAUUAUUUUCAAUUUUUUCUAAUGUUUUUUUUUAAAUUAUAUUUAUUUAUAUUUUGGUGUACAGUGUUUAUUAAAUUUACGAAAUUCCUAGUUA